AUGCGCUCCUCACGCUGCCCCCCAGCCGGACCUCCAGCAGCCAAGGUGUUGUGCGUUCGGCUCUGCUUGUGCUUGGCAGGCUGGCCGCUGUGCUCGGAGGCAGCCCGGCGUCGCUGCGGCUCCGAGCUCCUCAGCGACCUCAUCUUUGUGUGUGGAGAUCGUGGGAUCUAUUUAGGUAAAGGCUCGUGGUCCGGCUACGGCGCCCGGCCCAGGGGGAAGGGGAUCGUGGAUCAGUGCUGCCGAUCGGGCGGCUGUGAACUGGAGCACCUGGAGAUGUACUGCGCCAAACCAAAGAUCGAAACCACAGCUUCUCCAUCCACAACAACGGCAGCACCGCAGAGCACCACGCAGCAAGACAUGUUCCAGGCGGUGUUUCAGAAGAGACUGUCGGAGCACCUGGGGCUUCCCAAUAGUCCAAAAAGAGACGCUUACAGAAAGAAAACGCAGCCUUCACUUCAGCGGAAAAACAAAGCGCUAUCACGCAGGAGGGUAAACUCACAGAGCACGACUGUUCGGCCCACACCUGCCUCUGGGAGUCCCCGGUCCACAUCUGAACCAGGACCUUGAACCUCAUAAAUAACUGAACAUUGUGGAUUGUACCCAGUGAACCCGAAAGACUUGAUGCUGAUCAGGGGAAGCUCCCUCGCUGAGCAGGCUCGCAGCGGUUGAAGAUUUUAUUUUAUUUUUUUUAAACAACACAUUUUUACAGUGUUUCUGUUUUUUUUAUUUUUAAUAAUAAAUGUAUUUGCUCUGAUAACAAAGCAAUAAAUUAUGACUUUAUGCUUUAAAGCUGCUCCACCAGACUGUGAAUGUUGGACAGAGGCAGAAAUGAUCAUUAUUUUUCACCCUGUAUUUCAGACGAGUG